UUGGCAGAACAGUGAGGACCUACAUGAAAUGUGCCUUGGGGCCCAGCGCUCUUGUGCAAUUCCCCUGGGAUGUCAGUGCUGCCCUUGGUCAGCACAGGCACAUCACUGGAGGUAGGGAGAGGAACAGAGCUCUGCCUCAGAAAGGUUGGCCCUGAGCCCUCAGCCUGGCCCUGACCCAGCCCCACAACUGUUUUUUGUUUUGUUUUAUUUUUGAGGUGGGGUCUGGCUGUGUUGCCCAGGUUGAACUGAAAUUCCUGGGCCCAAGUGAUCCUUGCAACUCAGCCUCCCCAGUACCUGGAUGUGAGCACAGCUGUACCCAGUCCAGAGCUGGGUUUUAAUCACGUUCCCCCUCCUCUGAGAACUCAUCUUCUUGGUCUGUACUUUUUCUUCUCUUAGAAUUGAAAUCAUUUUUUUAAACAAAUUCUAACUUGCCUCCUAGUCUAACCACCCCUCCCCCCCCCAAACUUUAUCCUAUUUCCUUCCCUCAAUCCCCCACAGCUUUUCUGGCUCCCAUGGGGUGCCCACUUGGCCACUAUGGCCAGAGCCUAGCAGAGCGUGGCUCAUUUUGUUGAAUGGAUGAUUCUGAUUAUAGCAGGUAUUCAGUAAGCCACUCUUGUUAAAUUAUUGAAAAUAAAUGAUGUUACUCCCUAGAGGUGUCUAGAUUCCUUUUUAUCCCCCAUCACCUGUCCUCUUUCACCUCCCCUCUGGGCCCUGGCUUCCCUCAGACCCUCUUUCUCCAGGUCUCCCAUUCCUUUGAUGAAGACUCACGAGGAGCACAGUGUCCACAUCCCAGGCAGGCACUCAGGCAGGAAGUCACUGAGACAGAGCUCAGUGGCCUGAAUGGUUUCAGCUCUCUCAUCUCCCACUUCCCACCUCAGGGCUUCCUUCAGUUCGGGCCCUGCCUUGCAAUGCAGGACCACCUUUGUCCUGGAAAGACAGACCCUCUAGCCUCUGCUCUACAGUUCUGCCCACCUUGGCCCUGGCUGUCCUCACACGAGUGCCCGCUCCCUUCUUUCUUCCCUUAGCCCCACCUCCUUCCUCUGACCCCGCAACCCUGGACACGGUACACACAGACCAGAGCCUUGGCUCAAAGGCAAACAAAAGAAACUGCCAGGCUCCCCAUGGCUGUGGCCAGCACCUUCAUACCGGGGCUCAACCCUCAGAACCCUCGUUAUAUCCCGGGGUAAGACUCCCACCCAGCAUUCCCCACUUGCUGCUGGGAGUAGGGGUGGAGGAAUUAUGCUGCCUAGAGUAUGGGGCCAAGCGGACAGGUUGGUUUGGGAGGCUGAGGUCUCUACGGUAUUGGAUGGAAAAGUAGAAGCAAGGGACUAGUGAGACCCAGGUCUGCCCCAAAGCUUUGUGUUGUUCUCACCAUGGGAACAGGGUAACAGCAGAGAGGAAGGAUCGAAAGCCCAGGCAGAAAACUUAGAAAUGCCUGCUCCAAAUAUAUACACAGCUGAGUCCAGAAAGAUCUGGGCUCCAGAUGUCUCUUCUUCUGCCUCUGGGGAGUGGCAGGGCAGGGGGAUUCUGGUGAGUGGGUGAGUCUGUGCUGCAGGUACACUGGACACUGCCCACUACUUCGGUUCAGCAUGGGCCAGACCUAUGGGCAGGCGACUGCUCAGCUACUUCGAGGCCCUCCUGGCCUAGCCUGGCCCACAGUCCACCGCACACUUCUGCCUCCCAUUCGGCCUCCAAGAUCAACUGAGGUUCCCAGGAGGAGCCUGCCUCUCGGGCGUGGGCACCAAAGGCUCAGCUCCAGCAUGAUCCCUGGGUACACAGGUUUGUACACAGGUAUGCACAGGUACCCUCUCCCAGGAGCAUAUGACCCAAACACUAAUGAGUUUUCCUUGUCUCCUUCCCCCAACCCAGGUUUUGUACCCCGGGCACAGUUCAUCUUUGCCAAGAACUGCAGCCAGGUCUGGGCCGAGGCGCUGAGUGACUUUACUCACUUGCAUGGAAAGCAAGGGAGUGAAGAGCUGCCAAAGAAGGCCAAGGGAGAAAAGGACACAGAGAAGGACCAAGGGCCAGAGCCAGAGGGACAGCUGGAGGAGGAGCCAGCACUGGAGGCAGCAGAACAAGCUUCUCCCUACUCCAUGGAUGACAGGGACCCUCAGAAGUUCUUCAUGUCAGGUGAGAGCCAGGGGGGUCAGGAUCAGAGGCGUGGAGAGGCCCCAGGAUGUGUUGGCUUAGUGUCCCCAUCCCCAGGCUUCACCGGCUAUGUGCCCCGCACCCGCUUCCUCUUUGGCUCCAGCUUUCCUGUGCUCACCAACCAGGCACUGCAGGAAUUUGGGCAGAAGCGCUCACUGGGCAGUGCCCAGAAAGACCCCAAACAUCUCCCCCAACUUCCCAGGACAUACCCACAGAACCUGGGUCUUUUACCUAACUAUGGGGGCUACGUGCCAGGUGAGAUGAUCCCCGGGGGAGGCUUUGGGGACUGGAAUGUUCGUAUGGGUAUUGGGUAGGUGGGGGGUGGUUGGAACUAAUAGAUAUG